GCACCUGCUCAUCUCUGAAAACGCGUAAAAAAUAUUUGUUUUAAACAAACAUCCAAAAUAGAAAGGACAAAUUAAUGAAUUUAAAAGCUGUCUGCUGGAUAUGAGCCCCAGUGAGCAAGAGCCGUAUCCGGUUAACUCAUUAUGUCGGAUUUGCUUAAACUAUUUGGGUCUCAGCCCUGGAUUAUCAACAUCCUCUGGAUCUGCAGCAGAAGCUGCCCACGAUUUGUUUUUAGAUUUCAAAUUGGCUAAGAAACUUUCUGCUUGCACGGGGGUACACGUGGAGCAGGAAGAUGGUCUGCCACGUCUUUUAUGCUAUGGUUGCUUCGACCGAUUAAAUGAUGUGAAUGAAUUCCAACGACUCUGCCUGAAUUCCAGAAAGAAAUUCAAGGAAAUGGUGGCCAACAAUCGAAUUAUUCGUAUUGGAUUUUUCGGUGAGAAAGAGGAGCCUGAAAAAGAUGAACAUGAGCCGGAAGAGAAUCAGGGAGAGGAGCCAAUGGCGUCCAAUUUUGAUCCUUUGAUGAAUCAUAAAAUGGAAAUAAUUGAGAAUGAAGAAGAAGUUAUUAAACUACUGGAAUCUGUUGACAAGGAUGUGGUUGUAAACGAGACUGCGGCCGAAAAAGACAGAGACGAAAACGAUGAACAGGAGGAGGAAAAUCAGCAGGAAGAGGACGAGGAGGAUCAAAGCUCUGAUGACGAUUUACCUUUGGCACACCGUUUGAAGGAGGCGAAAGAUUUAACAAAGCGCCAAAAGUUUCCCCUUGCUCGCCUCAUUUCCUGUCCGAUUUGUCAACAAAAAUUCAAAAAGCAAUCAAAGUUCGAUGAACAUAUGAAACAUCACAACGAUCUCCUGCCCUUUCAGUGCUCAGAGCAAUCCUGCAAAAAGGGAUUCACCACCAUGGGUGCAUUGCGUCUUCACGUGGACUAUGCUCACACCAAGAAGUCACCCGAAAUCCCGUGUUCAGUGGAAAAUUGUAAGCUACUAUUUCCUCGCCUACGUCUGCUCACCAUCCACCUGAAAAAGGUUCACAACUUGACACGUUCGAUUCCGCCUCGAGUAGAGCAGCCAUGCCGGGAGUGUGGUCAAAUCUUUCGCUGUCAAGUGGCCCUCAAGAAGCAUAUGUACAAGCAUACGGGCGAGGAGUUACCCUACCCGUGUAACAUUUGUGGCAAAGGCUUUCACAUCAAUUCAGCCCUCAAGAAUCAUCUGCUUCGGCAUGCUGGGAUCAAGAACUAUGUGUGCCCCUAUUGUGGUGUCGGGAAGACCACACGGCAAGAAUGGAGCAAACAUAUGCUGACCCACACACAGGAGAAGCAAUUCAAAUGUGAAAUCUGUCAACAUGCCACCCACACGAAACGUGCCCUCGAUAAUCACGUCAAGAUUGUUCACGAGAAGGUACGGAAUUUCGCCUGCCAGUAUUGUGGUAAGACCUUUGGUAAAUCGCAUGCCUGCAAAAUCCAUGAGAUGACCCACACGGGAGAGAAACGUUGCGAGUGCAAGGUCUGUGGUAAAAAGUUCCUUUACACUGAAAGUCUGACAAAACAUUUGAAAAUCCAUGAGAAAAGUGUGGAAAGGGCAUUGGAAACGUAUCGCCAAAGGCAGGAGGAAAAUGGAGCAGAUCCGAAACAAGUGGACGCUAAGGAUUUACUUAAAGUGUGUGCCGAAUCUGUAGCCACCAUACCAAGAGAUCCGAGACGUGUUGAACGUGUGGAUAUGGCCCAACUGGCUGGCACUGUUAUCAAUCCCAUAUCCACAAUAUCGCUACCAGUUGCUACUGUCCCAGCUGCUACUCAGCCACCUCCUGCAGCCGCUGCUGCUGCUGCAGCUCCUCCACCACCGCCCUCUAAAUUCAUACAAAAGGAAGGAAUGCAUCUGUGUCCUGGUUGUAAUCAAGGAUUUAAUAAUCUCGGCAACAUGAAACGUCACUAUAAAAGUGUACACGAAAAGGUCAAAGAUUUCGAAUGCCGUUUCUGUUCGCGCCGAUUUGCCAACUCCCAAUCCCUGAAGCAACACGAAUGGAUCCAUACGGGGGAGAAACCCUAUGCCUGCAAGACAUGUGGGAAUCAUUUUCGUCAAGAGGCCGCCCUCAUUCGCCAUCAAAAAGUGCAUGAGGAGAAACCACCGAAACCCACCAAAUUGCCCAAAGAGAUUACAGAAAAAGUACGCGAAAAGGAAAUCCAGAAAUGUGAACGUAAACGUAAAGUGGAAGCCCUGCGUCAGGAGAUAGCCGAGGUGGCCAAAGAGGAACUCAAAGAUUUGGCCAAACAAAAGGCCAAGGAGAAAGAACUGAAUUCCUACGAGCAAUACAAACAAGCAGCUGCAGCAAAAGCAGACGCAGAUGCUGCUACUCCAAGUUGAUGAUGGUGGAGAAGAUGAGGGAUGGCUUCCAUUUAGUUGUGGAGUAGUUAAUAAUAAUUCUCGUUUUGUUGUAUAAUAUUUACGUUAUUUUCGUUAGACAUCUUCAAAAUACAUUCGAAGUUUAAUUUA